AUGGCACAAGCCAAUGAGGCUCUAAAAGGUAACUUGGUAUACUGGUAUAACCCCCUACGUGUGUUGAUAGUCAUAAAAUCCCGAAAGACCUUUUCUAGCUCGACUUGCUGGAGACAACGAGAAUUGAUAGAAGCCAUGCUCCCUCCAAUAAUUUUGCUGUUGAUCAUUACCUCAUUCACUGGAACAGAAGUUUCUGCAGUGAAGAAGAAGCGUCAUGUCCAUCAUGAAGAGGGCCUUCAAAGUCAUGGACAAGAAUCUGAUAUGGCAAUGGUUACUUCUGCAAAUUCUGACUUUGCUUUCGACCUCUACAAACGGAUAGCUAACCACAGCAGUUCUAACAUUUUCUUCUCCCCUCUGAGUAUUUCCACAGCUUUAGCCAUGCUAUCUCUGGGAACUAGGUCUGUCACUCGUGAGCAGCUUUUCAAGGGACUUCACUUCAAUGAUAUGACACAGGAAAGAAUAGCACAUAUGAACAGAGGCUACAAACAACUUCUACAGGCCCUAAUGGCAGAACACAAUGAGCUUCAGCUAUCUACAGGAAGCUCUCUUCAUAUUCAAAAAGGUUUUGAUGUGUUGCCAAACUUUCUAAAUGAGACCAAGAAGUUUUACAAUGCGGAGGUGUUUCUUUUAGAUUUUAACCUGGAUCCCGAAAAUGCUAGGCAACAAUUGAAUGAUUACGUGAAAAAGAUGACAAAAGGAAAAAUUAAAGAUAUGUUUUCCGAGAUUGACCCUUCAACUAAACUAAUGCUUAUUAACUACAUCUUUUUUAAAGGAAAAUGGAAGAGCCCAUUUGACCCAAAACAUACUCAUGAAGCAUUCUUUAAUGUGAACAAAAGCACACAAGUAAAAGUUCAAAUGAUGCACCAAGACAACAGGUUUAGUAAGAUAUCUGACUACCAUCUUUCCAGCAAUGUGAUAAAACUUCCUUACGUUGGAAAUGCAUCAAUGAUCGCCGUCUUGCCUGCAGAAGGAAAUCUAGAAUACAUAGAACAAAACCUUUCCCGAGAAAAAUUUGAAGAGUGGCUCCAAAAACUAGGCCACAAAAGUCAACGAUUUAGGCUUUCCUUUCCAAAACUGUCAUUGUCAAUAUCAUGCCGGUUAAACAAUAUCCUAAUGGAAAUAGGUGUGAGAGAUUUAUUUACAUCUGAUGCCAACCUAUUUGGAAUAAGUGGAAAUGAAAGUCUGAAAGUUUCACAGGUUACUCAUAAGGCACUGCUGGAUAUUGAUGAGUAUUUUACUGAGGCAGCUGCAGUCACUGGAGUAGAAUUGGUGCCAUUGUCACUGCCGCCUUCAAUCAGAUUUGACAAACCAUUCCUUUUGAUCAUCUAUGAGGAAAACACAAACAACAUACUCUUUCUUGGAAGAAUAAAAGAUCCAUCCAAGAAAUUUUCCCCAUGA